CGUCUUUGUGUAGGUAAUGUCUAAUGUUUAUUAUUUUUCAUAAUUAUUUUUGAUUUUCGAACUCUAGUCGCCGUCAUGUCGAAAUUUUGAAAAUAAAAUUUAAGACAUAGGAAAUAGUAUGAGGUCUUUAAAUGUAAGAGCAUAUUUUUGUAAAAGUUUUUGUUAAAAAUUAUCAGAAGAAUUAACGCCUAAGUUAAACCGGAAAAAUGUGACUGGACUUUUGGGAUAUUUCUUUGAAACAAUAUUAGUUUUUACCAACAACAUUAUACCACAUACAACACUACAUAUAUCGUGCCCCACAGCCUCAAAAUGGAUAACAGAGAAAUUACCAAAAUCACCAGUGACCGCUAUGAAAAUGCGAGUGUUUACGAAUUACUAACAAAGUUAUGUGAAAAAACUGCACAUAAAUGUCAACAAACCAGAAAUUCACCUAAACAUCUUGCAGCAAAAAUGCGGUCCCGUUCAUAUGAAAUAAUACUAAAAAGGACUUCGUCUGAGGUUUCUCUGCCUGGAGGAGAUCCAUUAGUUGAAUUGCUUUCUUGCCAUUUUGUAAUGCAGCAAAGUGUAAAAAAUGUCUUUGAAUACAAACGAUGUAUCGAGCUUAAGAAAACAAUCAGUGAAAUAAGGAAUUUAUCAGAAAAUAAAGAACAUGCUUAUAGUGUUGUUAAAUUUCUUGUUAAACUAUACAAUUCUGUACCUGAAGAUACAUCUCAAGAAAUUUUUCAGAAACCAUUUACCUUUGGGUUACUACAAGAAAUGUUACCAAAACCGAAAAGAGAAUCAUUCGGUUCUCAACCUUAUCCAUAUUAUCCGUCAUACAUAUUUGAAUUACCUUUCAAACUAAAAAGUAAUGCUAACAAUCUGAACAAUAAACAAAGCUAUAUGGAAUACACAGUUGAAAGUUUUGAUUCAAGAUCCUUGCUUCCAGACUGUUCAUCACAGCAGGGUGUUGAAGUGAAAACGUUUUUAAGUCCCAUGACUCUUUCAUCAAUGACAUCCACUCAAGUUUCUCCAUACUCUGAAAGCAAUAUUUUUAAUUUGCCAAGGUUGACAACUCCAAGAGAUUUGGUCAUACCAAAAUCUCAAUCAGCUGUGCCUAAGGUGUCUUUUGCAAGUACUGAGGUAAAACCGGAUCCUAAAGUAUCUUCCGAAGUAGAAUUAGAUGACAAAAAUAUAUGGGAAAUUGCAUCACAAGUUGAUAAAGAUGUGCCGGGUGAUAUUUGGGAUUAUGUAUCCAAACUACCACAAGUACAUGAAAGGCAACUGAUAUCAACUUCAUCAAGGGAAAUGUUGCUCUGGAGAGAAAAUUACGGUGGUAUUAUGUCUGACCUCAGUAUUAUAUCAGAGAAGCGGUUCAUUAGACAUAUCAUGUAUUUAAUUGUUGGCAUUGAAACUAAAUCAUUUCCAUACAAUAAGGAUACAAAAUACUUCUACAUAAAAGAGAACUUAGUUUUAGAAUGUAUAUCUAAGGAACAUUUGCAAGGCUAUAUAGCCACAUUGUUGCUUAUAGGCACAUAUUAUAGAAGAUUAUAUGAUUUUGCCUUCAAUCAAAGUGUGGAUGACCAUUUUCAUGAUAAAGGGCUUGUUUUUGAGGCUUCAAGAGAGAUUGUUAGGCGAUAUUUAUUGGAAUUUCGUUUAAAAGCAACAGACAUAUUUGAAGAGUUUUGUGAUAACAAGCUAGAAGAUCUCAAUUGUAUGCCAACUCUACUGCAAAUACUGUAUCAUAUGGAGCCAUUGAAAUAUGAAAUUGAAACAAUCGCUUCCAUAUACAAGCUUAAUAAUACUGAUACUAAAUCGACAAUACCGCAUGGCGCUGAGUUGAUGUCUUACCUAUUUAAUGAAAUAUCACUAGUGACACACAAAACAACGGCACUUGUUUUGUACAAUUCUCUUGUUACUGUAUGCACAGUUUAUUUUAAGUUUAUCGAAAAAUUUAUAUUCGAAGGUGAAUUGGAUGAUCGUUUUAACGAAUUUUUCAUAAGAAAGGAUAGCCAAUAUGUGAAUUCUCGGACAAAAAGAUACUGGGAUAAAGGGUUCCAUAUAACACUGAGCGUGGCUGUACCUGACUUUUUGAGACCUUUGGCAAGCUUCAUACUAUUGUGUGGAAAAUCUUUGAGACUCUUGAAGUUAUGUAAUCCCACUGAUCCUCUCGUUCUCCUCAUAUCAUCGGAUCACCCCUCAGUGCGAUGUUGCGCUAAUUUCGAAGACUUGGAACGGGAACAGCAAAUACUGAACGUGUACAGGACUAGGUGCCUGUUCGUCAGCGGCGAACCUGUUACAUUUGAUCAGAUUCUGCUCAAGAGAGAGGCGGAACGGAAAGCCUUCACUGAAAUGGCGUCUCUGAAACAAGCCGAGACUAUGGAGAAAAUUGUUGCGGAACGAAAACGUCUAGCGCAACUAAUAAUUGCUGAAAAACAGCAUUCGCUUCGAGUAUUAGAAGCAGCUAUGGCUGAAGCGAAAGCGGCCAAAAAUAAAGCGAAACAACGAGAAAAGCAACGCAAUAAGUUAGAAGAGGCCGCUGAAAAAGCCACUGAAGAAGUGGAUUCUAAACUAAGAGAUGUUGAAAAGAAUAAAAUGUUAGAAUAUUACUCUAAGCUAAACAUGGUAGUAGAGAAAAGCAAAAUACACACAGAAUGGAAGAUAAAGCGCCUUCAAUUAGAUCAAACGCGAAUGCAAUUACUAUCGACUGAAGAAAGAAAUUUGAAACGGGAAAAGUUAGAGUUAGAGCAUCAACGGAAUGAAGAAAUUAUGGCAAUGUCAAUACAAAGUGAUUUCAAAUCAGAAGACGGGCUAGACGGCGAUAAUAGUGAAGAAAAGAAAGAUGUUAUUUCUGAAAACAACCCAUAUAUGAUUGAAUCCACAACUUCCUUCGAUUCUGAAGAGAUUGAAACUCAGGAAUCUGACCAUAAUAUAAAUAGAAAUAAAGCCCAAACAUCCAGCGACGUAUUUAGUGCCAUAUGCAAUGUAGCUAAAAGUAUUUUUGGUGUCGGGAAGAAAGACAAGCUUUGUGAUAAUGAAUUAGAGCUUGACGCUCAGGGAAAUAUUAUAAGAGAUUGUGAAAAUAAUCAUACCUCUAAAGAAACAUCUAGUGACGUUAUUGGAUCGAAAUUAGAUGGAGUUAAUGAUAAUUUACGAUUUCUAGAGGCAAGAGAAGCGGCUUUGAAAAACAAGCAAAAGGUCAUGUGCCAUGAGUUUGGGCAGACUGAUAAUGAUAAUAAUCAAGUUAAACAUCCGUUAAUACGUUUGACCACAGUCGAUGAAGAAAACAAUAUCGAAGAGACACCAUUCACUGAAGCUAGGCGAAACAGAAUGAAAGUCCUUGGUGCAGAAUUCAAUAUAGUCAAGAUAGAAGAGAGAGAUAGUAUUCAAGAACCAAGAACGCAAGCGCAAAGAGAGGCGUUAAUUAAUAAGCAAAAAGUGUUAGGCGUCGAAUAUAAUUUACCAAUAGAUAAGGCGCCAAAUCGGGAACCGGCAAAUAUUGCACAAGAAGAAGCUGUCCGUAAUAAGAAUAAAGUGUUGGGUUCGGAUUAUGAUGGGAGAUCGGAGACAAGAUUUGAUUCUACUAAGAAAUCUGGACUAAGAUUGAAUUUGAAACCUUUUAGUGAACCUUCGCUUAAUAUGAACGCUUCGUCCAAUGCUGGAGCGGUAACACCAGGUGAAUUGUUUCCGAGGCUCGACUUAGAAACGCCAACCACAGCAGAAAUGCCGGCCGACGGUCCUAUGACCAGUGACAUAUUUACACCAAGAAGUGAAGGUGGCAAAGAUUUAGAGACGGGACGAAUCAAAUCAGACAAAGAAUAUUUGACCUCUGAUGGAUUUAAUUUCUCCAUAAUAGUUGAUGAUGAAACUGCUGCGUCAGAAGCGAUCAGUGAUAUACACACUAGCCCAGAUAACUCGCCUACAAAAAGCGUAGACACUGAUAUUAUAAAGAGUUAUCGAAGAAAAGCUUCGGUAUUUAAUGUUUUGGACGGGUCAUAUAGUCUGGAGGACUUCGAUCCGUUUGGAAUCAAGAAUUGGGAUGGACAUUCUAAAAAUUACUUCAGUAGUCAAAUAGAUUUGCAGGCAAAUUCAUCUCCAUACACGCAUCCGGCAUUUAUCAUGGAGGAAGUGAGGAAAAAACCCUAUAAUAAUAUUUAUAAUUCACGCUAUGGUGAGGAAGAAGUCGCCAAGAUUGAAUGUGAUAAUAUAGCAACACUGACCGCGUGUUUACAAAGAUCUGUAAUGUUGCCAUUAACGUAUCAAUUGGAAGUGGUCAAUAAUUCUAUACUAACAUAUUUCCUUGUAAAUCUCGAUAUGUAUGAACAUUUGAGGAGUUUGAAAGAUUACUUCUUUUUGAUGGAUGGGGAAUUUUCGAGAAGCAUUUGCCAUAAUUUAUUCACAAAAUUAACGAAAACUUUGAAUCCGCAAGAGUUGUUGAAUUUUUCCACUCUACACAAUAUUUUGGACAAGGCUCUCGGAUCGUCUAUAUCACACGUACAUAAAUUCUCAGAGAACUUAUCGUUUACAAUUACGGAAUCUCCGCUAAGUUUCCAGCACAGUUCGCCAGAUGUCCUGCAAUGUUUGUCUUUAACAUACACAGUUAAUUGGCCGUUAAAUAUCAUUCUAUCGCAAGAAGCGUUACUACGAUACGCUAAAGUUUUUCAAUUUUUAAUCAAGAUGAGAAGAAUAUUUUGGGUCCUGAGCGAGGACUUUGAAUCUCUCAAACUCACCGUGAAAAUAUCGCGAGAACAUUCUAGAAAGUUAUUAAGGUCGCCUCAAUAUAUCUCUAUACAAUUGUACCGACACAUAAUGGCGUCCCUAAUACGGGCUCUGGACAAUUACAUUGUAACUACGUGCAUUCUAACAUCGUGGACGGAAUUCGAGAAAGAUCUAAAGAAAGCUAGAACGUUGGAUGACUUGUACGAAUGCCACGUGGUUUAUAUAAAAAAUGUCCUGUUCAGAUGUCUGUUGAACAACAGGUCCACACCGGUUAUGAAGUUGUUGAAUGAUAUUUUCAUCGUUAUUUUGAAAUUUAGCCGCGUGUUGAAAGCUGGAGAAUGGCAGCAAAAGGAAGCCGACGGAUAUUUCACCCACUCCAGCUAUCCGCAACUCGAAGAACUCUACCAUUUAUAUGAAAAGCUCGCGAAGUAUCUUCUCAAAGUGAUAACGAAAGUCAUGGAGUGCGGAUACCAGAGACACUUGGUGGAGCUACUGACUAUGGUCAAUUUGAAUGGAUACUACGACCCGGAGAGGACAUACGACACUAAUACCACUAUCGAUUAACUAUGAUAAUUGAGUUAAAUGCGCACUAGUUAUAAUUCUUAUGUUUUAGUUCAAAAUAUAUGAACAGUGGCGUAGCUAUCAUAGGGCCAGGUGGUGCAGUGCACCAGGGCCCCGGAGCUCAGGGGGCCCUCUAACCUCAGCUUUGAAAGAGGGGAGGAGGGCCCGAUUCUUUCCCUAUGCACCAGGGCCCUUGUAGCUACGCCACUGUAUAUGAAGGCGGGAAAACACAUCAUAUUUAGUCAUAAAUAAUUUUUAAUUGUAUCAAAUCGUAUAAUUAUUACAAAAAACAUGUUCAUAUUGCAAGUGUAAGUGAAGUACAAACAUGAAACUUGAAUUAACUCUGAAUUUCUGUCUCGAGUAUGCAAUUUUAAUUACACGUAUGGUUAGUGUGAAACUAUACAAAUAAAAAUGAAUCGUCGAAUGUGUUGCUAAGCGUGAAACUCGAGAACUGCUGUACAAAUUUGGCUAAUAUAUUUUUUUUUUACAUUUUGUUACGGCACAUGGAAGGUUCUUAUGGAGAGAAAAAACGUAACACGUGUGAAUUAGUAUUAGAGAGGAUAUGCAUAUUCUAUGACAUUAG